AUGAAGUUAGCACUACAAAUAGACGACGAAGACGGUCCGUCUUCUUUCCGUCCUGGCGAUCCGCUGCGAGGAAUAUUAGAGAUACGGGGAUGUUCUUUUAAAAGUCUCUUCAGGAUCAAAGCAAGAUUUUUUGCUGAAUUGACCGUCAAAGUCUAUCCUGAUGUCAACACCUAUUGUACCAAUGAGUAUAAUCAUAUACUGUUUGAACAAUCCGAGGACCUCAAAAUCUUACAAUCAACUUCUGUCAAUGAUGAUGUCGGCAACUGCGUCUUUCUGUGCCCUAUAGAAUUCACGUUUCCGCUUACCCUUAAUUGUGCGUGCGAGAACUCCUGCCAGCUACCGUCAUCUGUAUCGGCCAAUGAUGGGAAACUCCAGAUAAAAUCGACCUAUUGGUUAUCUGCUACAGUGGAGCGACGUAUCGUCGGGAAACUAACCCGAACUAAUAGAGUCAGGCAGGAACUUCCUUUCAGCUGUAACCCUGUUGUCAAUAAUUUCGCAGCAUCCUGUAUUGUUGCACUUUCCGUCGACAAGCUAAGUCAAAACUUCGAAAGUGCCUCCCGAGAGCUUGUUGGGUUUGGCCGUGCUGAUUAUCCGCCUAUAUACUCUCCGUCCUUGCAGAUGGAGGUAAUUCUGCCAGAGCCACCAGUUCUAACUCGUGGACGGGGGACGCCGGUGAGAUUGGUGCUCCAUACCCCGCAAGAGUUAAUGCAAGGGGCUCAUAUCUACGUCCGGAGUGUAGAGAUACAAAUGCAGGCGGCGAUAUCUGCUCUGUUACGAUAUACAUGGAAAAGCAUGGCAGAUACGCGACUUGGCAAUAAUAUAAAAGGGGCCGUGCCGAUUAACUCGGAGCACUUUGAGCUGGACCUAGGAGCCUGGGGAAUAUUUGUUGUCAUUCAGUCGCGACCGUCAUCUAAUUCCUGCUUGCUAAAAGUUGGCUAUGCCAUCGAAGUUAUAGUUGGCAUAUCUAAUGGCGUGGAAGGCUCGAUACAGUACUUAAAGGCGUCCUUGGACGUCCUUGUGAUGGAUCCUCCUCCAAUAUAUCGAGCCGAGGCGCACAAUAUAGCAUGAAAUAAGCGAUUCAAUCGAGCGUUGCGUUGUCUAUCAAUAUCAUGCAUACAAACUUGUCGGGUGAAUUGGUGAGCCCAGUAAGCAUUGUGGUUCGAAUGUGCAGUAUUCCAACAAAGGGAAAGCUGGUUUUAGAGGACCUGAUGUUAGGUUAUACAUUCCAAUAGCCCUCGUUGAGCCAUUAG